AUGCCCACAGAGGCCAGAAAUGACAUCAGCACCCCUGGAACUGGAGGAACAGAUGCUUGUGAGCUGGCAUGUAGAUCUGAGGUUGAGGAGUCUGUGGGCUCCUUGGCUUCCCACAGUGACCUUUCUGGGAACCAGGGCAACAGCAUCCUUACUGUUCAGACUGGUCCAGACUCUCAGAGGAUACAGUCUUCAGAAAGCUCUAAGGUUGCCAGCAUGGGAGAUCUCACCAGAGGGAAGGGUCAACUUACACGCCAGAGAAUUUGUGUGAAUGACAGGAAGGACAACAGAUUUGCCUCACAAGGAGAGAAGACUUUGGUAAAUGCACAGUUGCCUUACGGCAACAUGGAAAACUCAAGAACUGAAAGACAGCAAUACCUUGAGAAACUUGAUGUGACACACCCUGAAAUGUGUCCUUGGGCAGAAAUUGAGGAAAAAACUUUGAAUGAGUUGCAAGAAGCACUGGAGAUGCUAAAAGCUGCUGACACAAUGUGCCGUAGGAUUCAGAGGAUUGAACUUGAAAAUUCCAACUUAAUUGUCGCAACGGAAAAGCAAGCAAAGGAAAUGGAAGCACUCUGGGGAAAAGUGUUAAGUGCAGGAAUCAAUGUGGUGGAGGCAGCACCCAGAGGAGAUCCAGGGAAGAGGAGGAGGGCGGAUGCUGCUACCCUGUGGAGUCAGGCAGAGCUGAUGAAGCUGGUUUCUGAGCUCUCAAAAAUGAGAAUGCAGGACGAUUCUUGUAAAAUGGAAGUGGAAAAAUACAAGGAGCUGUAUCUGAAAGAACUGAGAAGCAAUAAUGCCUUACUCUCGCUUCUUCCAAGUAGAACUUGCAAGUGUCCAGAGGGGUCGAGUGCAAAUCUUGAGGAGGAGAUGCGGUGGAACACCUCUGCAAUGGUGGCCAUUGUAGGGGCUCGCCCCGAGUGCCCUCAAGUGGCGGCAUAUCUAACAAGCAGCAGCAUGGAGUCACAAGGACAUGUGUCCCGCCCCUCCCAAAGCCCAGAAGUCAGCCGUGAAUUCAUGGAAAAUCCUAAGAGCCAGUCUGAAGAUAAGGAAAAGGCGAGGGAAAGACUGGUGGACUCAGUGCACGCUCUGAUCCGUGCUUUGCGCCGAGAAGCAAGGAGGACUGGAGUGUUACAAAAAAAGCUAGCCAAAAUGAAGAAGAUCUUGAAUAUGCCCCCAAAGGAAGGACAUGGUUUUGACGACAGAAGACACUGUUUUCAUGAAGUUUCAAAAGUCAGUGAAGCCAAAAUGAGCAUUCCAGUUGCCACGAUAAGCCUUGAGGGAGAAGCAGCAGCGAAAGAAAACUUAGGGUGUGUUCAAGAGAAUCCAAGUGCCGCAGUCCUCACUCGGAUGGAAUCUGAAAUGAAAGAUAUCAAAUCUGCCAUCUCUGAAGUGAGCGCCCAAGAGCACGCGGUUAAAAAGGAACUGGAAACAUUGAAGCAUCUCUAUCGAGGAGAGUUAGAGCACAUAGAUGGGAUGUCACAGGAACUGCGUGUGUAA